AUGGCAGGUGACGGGAAAAUUUGCUCCUACCACGGCGAAUUACUCAUAGCCCUUCUGGUGCCGGUACUCGCGGCGAUCACAUGCAUCCAUAAUAUGCCAAUAUACAUCGACACUCCAGAGCAUCUACGCCCAGAGCUCAAGGUUAUCCGGGACUCUUUUAACAAAACGAUAGAAGCGUUUAGACCGCCUUUCUCUCGCGCUAUUACCGCCAAUACCCCAGGGACAGAUGGACGAAUAAUCAGAACGAGCCUGGAAGAAUUGCAAAGUCUUUGGAACGGACGACAAAUGAACUACUAUUGGAUUUCGAUGUGGUCCAUGGUCAAGAUGAUCAUCACCAAAAAGAUAUCUGAGGAGAAAGCCGAGAGAGCACUGGACGAAAUCACGGCAAGUCAUAAACUUGCCCGUUCUCACCCUAGGCAUAAAUUAGCGUUUGGCCUCAACUCGCAAAUCAUCAUAAGGGUGUCGGAAAUUCUACUCCGUUUUUGGAAAAAUCCUGAGAAUCUAACUCAUGUUGAGUUUUUUUAUUUGCUCACGUGGAUUUCCAAGAGCCUCGACAAAGAUGGGUUAGCGUGGUCUGCUAUCGAUGAGGAUGAAUGGUUUAGCAUGGUUUCUCGCAGCUGCCUGGACAUCAAAGCAUACAUUGCUCGGCAGCCUUUCGGUCUCCCCAAAGCUAUAACCCCUAUGGAUCGAUUAGCCCUGCACUAUAUCCUUCCCGAGACAAAGGCAAUCCUCAAAGAGGUCAUUCCAAAGUUAGUUCACUUCAUGGACCAAGACAAUCUCAAACGAGAAGAUUUGGCUCGCGAAAUCUUCGAUCUACGUUUUCUUCCAGCGCCUAUUUGCGCGGAGGACGUGCCGGAAGCGGCCAGGCGCCGGGCCAGGAUGACUGAUCCGCACCUGAAGGACGUUGUAGGGUCAGCGAUUGUUCGGGGCUGGAUUCAAAAAGAAAUUGCAUCAAAUCCAGAUCCAGUCAGCAUUCUUAAGCUGGCCCAGGUUCGGGUUCAAUAUCUUUGCAACACACUACAAGAUGACGUCCUCUUAUCAAGUGAAUAAGGGAUUGGUGGAAGGAUCCACUAUGCUGGAUAUACCGGUCGGUUCUCUGCGAAGUUCCCGUCAUGUACCAGGCUGUUUGGAGGCUGCCUGUGCCCAGAGACUCGACGCUCAACUUUGAUAGACUGCGAAAUUGUAUGCAAGUGGGGAAACGGGCAUAGGUAGUCAUCAGGGUAACAACAGGCCCUCGACAAGAGGGACUUGCGGCUCAAGCAGAUGGAGCUAAAAGUCUAACAAGGCUUUGCUGUUAUCUAGGGGUUUAUAAUGACCUUGGUGACUUUCGGGCUGGCUCCAGGUGGCACUGGGUUGAGUUACCUCCACAGGUAGUCAGUAAGGCUACCUCGAUAAGGACACAUCAAACACUUGAGUCACCUCGAAAAGAAGAUGGAGUAGUGAUAGUGGCGAUAGGCUCAUCAUAACAUAAGUUUAUU